AUGGCUGCUGUGAAAGUGCUUGCGCUGUUGAGCGCAGUCUGCAUCCUCACAGCCGUGGCUGAGGAAGUUGCGAAGCUGGCACUUGGGCAUUCGCUUUCCUGCGCUCUGGGGUCACAAGGCUCCAUUAAGUGCUGGGGGGACAACGGCAAUGGUCAGCUGGGACAAGGGGACGACGUCAGAAGAGGCGAUGGCGCGAACGAGAUGGGCAAGUUUUUGCCGACCAUUGAUCUGGGGACAGGACGACAUGCGCUCGAAGUGAACUCGGGGGCCUUCCAUAAUUGUGCCAGGCUGGACGAUGGCCUCGUGAAAUGCUGGGGGAGGGGCACGAAGGGCCAGCUGGGCAUUGGAGACACCGAGCACAGAGGAGAUAACAGUGACGAAAUGGGGCAGUUCCUCCCCACCGUGGAGCUCGGAACAGGGCGCACAGCUGUGCGGCUAGGCUUGGGAUACGAGUUUGGCUGUGCGGUCUUGGACGACGGCUCGCUGAAAUGCUGGGGGGAAGGUGUACAUGGUCAGCUGGGCCUUGGAACCAGCGCGAACAUGGGGGACGGGAGCAGUGAGAUGGGAGACCACCUCCCAGCAGUCGACCUGGGUACCGGUAGGACGGCAGCUGAAGUGACCGCCGGCUUCUACUUUACCUGCGCACGCCUCGACGAUAGCUCCGUAAAGUGCUGGGGCAGCAAUGGGUUUGGACAGAUCGGUGAUGGGAGCUCUGGGACUUAUGUUGGGGAUGCCAGCGGCGAGAUGGGAGACAAUCUUCCAACUGUGGACCUUGGAACAGGCCGCACCGCCGUCGAGCUGAGCGCCGGAGGGUAUCACGUUUGUGCGAGACUCGACAAUGGCUCCGUGAAGUGCUGGGGGAGGAAUCACAAAUACCAGUUGGGGCUGGGCUUAGAUACCUCGACUCGCAUCGGAGACGAAUCGAACGAGAUGGGCGAUUAUUUGCCCCCAGUCGACCUCGGCACGGGCAGGACAGCGGCAGAAGUGUCAUCAGGAUAUUUUCAUACCUGCGCCCGCUUGGAUGAUGGCGCCAUCAGGUGCUGGGGCCCGAACGACUAUGGCGAAAUCGGCCACACAGCCACACUCCCCAGCAACGUAGAUCUCGGAACCGGCAGAACUGCGGUCCAUGUGGCCGCAAAUGGCUAUUCCACGUGUGCUCUCCUGGACAACCUGGAAACAAAAUGCUGGGGACAAAACGAUGAUGGGACGUUGGGUCUUGGUGACACCCAAGACAGGGGAAAAUCGAGCAGCGACAUGGGAAACAGCCUCCCAGCUGUUGACAUACUCAAGCAGCACAUCCACGCGCACCGUGACAACCACCACGAGCACCUCAACCACGAGCGCCAGCACAUCCAGCAGCACGGGCACAAGCCGAACAACGAGCAGCAGCUCCGCUUCCAGAACCAGCAGUUCGACAACCACCUUGACGAGCACCUCAACCACGAGCGCCAGCACAUCCAGCAGCACGGGCACAAGCCGAACAACGACCAGCAGUUCCGCCUCCAGAACCAGCAGUUCGACAACCACCCUGACGAGCACCUCAACCACAAGCGUCUCAUCAACCGGAACGACGAGUGCCUUGGGGAAGAGAGCCGGAGCGUGCUGAGCGGCUAUACUCUCCAAGGUUCUGCCACCAGCUCCACUGCCGCCACCGACGACGCCAGAGAGGUGAUGCGCAAGCAGGAGGCUGAGGCUGCAGUGAAGGAGGCCGAGGCUGCCACCGAGGUUGCAGUGCAGGACUUGCUGAACAGCUUGAACAACACAGGCGACAACGGCGUGAUGGGCGAGGUCGUCGACACCACGGAAGCUGGAGCGGUGAAGGUGGUUGCGUACGAUGUGGAAGCUUUGACGUCAUCGGGACAGAAUGCUACCGUCAGCAUGGAGAACUCUUCCAUCGGCGCUGAGGUCCCCGGCGAUGUACUGGCGCAAGCGCAGGCGCUUGUGGGCGACGGCCCGGUGCUGCUGGGUGUGGUGUCCUUGAGCGAGGAUCUGGCCAAGAAGUUUAGCAAUCCACCUGCUGACAGAGGGCCAGGCGAAGGGCCAAAGGCCCCCAUUCUGCGGUCGAGCCCGGUCGUGGUCGAAGUGCGCAACAAGAACGGAGGCAUUGUGGAUCUAGGGAAGCUGCAGAGCCCCAUGGUGGUUCAGCUAGAGGUGUCGCACGACAACGACACUGUUAAGUGCGCCUAUUGGAACGAGACCGAAGCGGUCUGGGAGACGGAUGGCCUGGUCCGGCUGGAACUCAGGGCAGGCGUGCUCCGUUGCCAAACGCGUCGGCUGGGUAUCUUCGGGGGUGUGGACGUCUUGGAGGAACUGGAAAACGUGCUGAAGUGCAGCAGCCUCUUUGAAGUGCUCACCGCGGAGGGGAUUGCAAAGUUGGCAAGACCUGGAUGGCUUCUGCGAACACCGACAGUGAUCUACCUGUGCUUCCUGCUGCUAUUCGCUUUGCUCCUCAGCUACGGGUAUCACAUGGAUCGUCAGGCCGAAAGAGCAAUUCCUUCAAGGAACCGCCAAGUCACGCUGCUGCGGGAGGACGACGACCAGAAAGAGACCGGACUGUGUCGCUGCAACAUGCUCCGGGGCUUGUGCAGCCAGGUGGCAGGACAGGUGGUGUUUCUGGCCGGGCUGCGGCGCCCAAAGCAGUUCGCCAAGAAGCGCAUCCAGAGUCUCAUUGACGACAGCAUCAGCCAGAUCAUCGCGUACAGGAUGGGCUUGGACAUGAUCAGCAUCAACGCCCUCAUUCCCCACAGGGAACACAGCAUCCAAGAGCUGCGACAGGAAGAAGAGGAGCAGCCAACGCCCAGGUCUCGGGGUUGCUUCUCCUGCCAGCCUGCCUGGAUGAAGCAGGUGGAGAGCAGGGCGAGGAACCUAGCAGCUCGAGUUGGGGAGAUGGCCCAGAGGGCUUCGCGGGUGCAUCCGGCCACCAGCAAGAAGGCGCACUCGCAAAUCGCGCAACUUCUGGACCUUCAUCGUGCCGGGAAUUCUGCCGUCAACACGGUGCUACGUGGAAACAUGCGUGCCCUAACUCUGGAGUUGCUGCCAGCUGUCCAUGCCUACUCCGCGAUUCUACGAUGCUUUUCCAUAACCCCAGUCAGCAUCCAGAUCUGCGCCAUCAUCCUGAAGAUCCUGAGUGCUUGCUUCAUCAACGCGAUCUUCUUGACAAGCAGCGCAAAAAGGGAGGACGUCGAAGGCUGCGACACCGAGAUGCUGACUUUCGAACAACAGCUCGUUCGAGGUUUUUGGAUUGGCCUCCUCUCAGCUGUGCUGAGCGAUGUGAUCAUCCUCUGCCUGCUGCUGAUCCAGAAGCCGUCGCUCAAGAAGAUGAAUCAGGAGAAGUGGGACCAGCAGGUGAGCAAGUGGCGGUGUAGAAGGUGCGUUUUUUGGGUGGCUGCAGCCUGCUACGCGGCCGUGUGCGUCUCCUAUGUGCUAGUGUUCCUUGCCAGCGUCACCUACGAAGACAGCCAAGCUUGGCUCGGAGCCACCUCCACGAGCCUUCUCAAG